GGAAGCGGAUGUCCGGGUCGCGGCCGGAAGUCGCCCCGCGGGGGUCGCGCCCCGGAAGCAGCUGCUCUGAGGCUCGGAGCUGGCGGUGCCCAUGGCGGAGGGCGGCGGCCCCGAGCUGCGGCCCGGGCCGGCAGGUUCCCGCCUGAAGGAGUGGCUGAGGGAGCAGUUCUGUGACCACCCGCUGGAGCACUGUGACGACACGCGGCUCCAUGACGCGGCCUACGUGGGGGACCUGCAGACCCUGCGGCGCCUGCUGCAGGAGGAGGGCUACCAGAGCCGCAUCAACGAGAAGUCCGUGUGGUGCUGCGGCUGGCUCCCCUGCACGCCGCUGCGCAUUGCCGCCACCGCCGGCCAUGGCGACUGUGUGGACUUCCUGAUCCGGAAGGGGGCCGAGGUGGACCUGGUGGACGUCAAGGGCCAGACCGCCCUCUACAUGGCCGUGGUGAACGGGCAUCUGGAGAGCGCGCGCAUCCUCCUGGAGGCCGGUGCUGACCCCAACGGCAGCCGGCACCACUGCAGCACGCCCGUGUACCAUGCGGCGCGGGUGGGCAGGGCCGACAUCCUGCAGGUGCUGGUCAGGUACGGGGCCGAUGUGGACGUGAGCCACCACCUGAGCCCCGACAGCCGGCCCCCCUUCUCGCGGCGGCUGACCUCGCUGGUGGUCUGCCCCCUAUACAUCAGCGCCGCCUACCACAACUUGCAGUGCUUCAAGCUGCUGCUGCAGGCCGGCGCGAACCCCGACUUCAACUGCAGCGGCCCCGUGCUCACGCAGAGCUUCCCCCGCGACUCGCCGCGCUGCGUGCUGGACGCCGUCCUGCGCCACGGCUGCGAGGCGGCCUUCGUGAGCCUGCUCGUGGACUUCGGCGCCGACCUCAGCCUGGUCGAGUGGGACGCCUUGGGCCCCGAGUCGAGGGGCAGGCGGAAGGUGGACCCCGAGGCCCUGCAGGUCUUUAAGGAGGCGAGAAGUGUCCCCAGGAGCCUGCUGGACCUGUGCCGCGUGGCUGUGCGAGCCGCUCUGGGCAAGACCCGUCUGCACCUCAUCCCCGCGCUGCCCCUGCCCGACGCCGUGAAGAGGUUCCUGCUGCACGAGUAGCGGCGCCCUGCUGUGCGUGCGGUGACUCUGGCGGGGCCGCGGCUCCUGCUCCCACAGGGAGACUCCAGCACUUUGCAGACCCACGGGCUUUACUGGUUUGUUCGGGUGAUCGCUUUGGUUUGUUUUGGGGCCACCCCCAGUGAUGCUCAGGGGUUCCUCCCAUCGCCGCACUCGGGAGUUACUCCUGGCAAUACUCGGGGACGGGACCCGGGUCGGCCGUGUGCAGGCCAGCGCCCUCCCCACCGCACUGUCUGGCCUGGCCUCUGUGACUGUUCAUUAAAGCUCCAGUCCCUGGGUGAAAGGGACCGGUAGGGGAUGACCCCACAAAGGCA